GUGUGUGUGCGUGGCGUGGCGUUUGUGUUGCGGGAGUGCGCGGGGCUAAAGCAUCUUCCGUGGCAGGGAAAAGGUGGGCCUCCAGAACGGACGGGCGCGCCCUCCGUAGACACACUUAGGCCACGAAACGCCUCGCUGCUUUCGCAAUGGCUCGCUUCCGGGCCGCGGGGGCGCGCAGGGACCGGGCAUGAGGCAAUCGCCUCGCCCCCACGGAGCAGCACGCUGAGGACAUGCCCCAUCAGAAAUGAGCGCGCGGUGUGCUGCGACGCCCCCGCCUUUGCAGCCACUGAGCCGCGCGGCCUGCACUGGGUCAUUUGCCAAUUUGAAGCCCACGCCGGUUAA